AUGUCUAUGAAGGGCUUAGACCGAACACAAACGCUGCGGCUUCGCGGUCAAGUCCGUCUUCUAGGAGAAGCACCUUCGUGUGCGGAUCCCGCAGACCCACGAACAGAUUUGGCAAAAGCUCGUGCACCAGUCGGACUCUUGCAGCUUCCCCGUUCUCGUGGGGAGAGGCUACGGCACAUGGAGAUCAUCGAUCGUGUUCCCUUCGACCUGGUUGGUGCAUACCACGAACGCGAAACUGAACAUGGGCGACUGGUUGGUGCUGCAAGAGGUCCGAUUGGAAAAAUCUUACGACGGCACCGAAUGGAUUCUUCGACUGCCUUGAUUCAUUCAAUGUUGAAGGCCUGUGUGGAGAAGCGUUGGGACAUGAUGCUAUGGGAGACCUUUGCCGACGCAAUUCGCCGUGAGCUGUCUCACUUGGCGCCAGCUGACAUCGGACUGGUCCUGUUUUGUUGCGUGAAGGCAGACUACCGAAGAGACCCAACACUCGUUCCUGAGCUGCUCAACAAGAUGGCUGCCUUGGCAGUGGCCACAGGGAUCCGAUCUCGACGGCUUUUGGCAGCUGGGCAUGCUUCUUCAACAGCUGCUGCAAUUGCACAGGCCAGUCUUUCGGUUGGGAGACGCCAUCGAAGACGAGCCCAGAAGGAAACAUUAGUGGUGCGUGGCCGGAAGGCAUGCUUUCCAGAGUAUGCUUUCUUGGCAGCAAUGACAGCAGCCCAACAUUACAGGGUUGGUCGAGAAUGCCGUGAUGACAUUGCAAGAAUUACUACACGUGCGCUGGAAGGUUGUUCCGGGAUGUCAAGCUAUGUGCUUUGCCGUUUGGUGCACCGCGCAAGCAAUCUCGCCAACGAAGCUGGCGGUUCUAGUCCAGGGAAAUUUUUGCAGCGGGCAGCACCAGAGCUUCGACAAAGAUUGCAGGAUUCUUCAGGAGAGGAACUCUCAUCAUCAGAUCUUUGUUUGAUUGCGCAUGCAUAUGCUCAUGGGCCAAUGAAGGCAGACAUUCUGUUUAAGGAUUUGAGAAAAAGGUUGAUGGACAACGAUGGGGUUUCGCUGCUGAAGUUGAGUGCUGGGGAACUCUCAAACUUGGCCAAUGCUUUUUCCAAAUUGUCCAACGCAUCACAAAACGGCAGCCUGGAGCUUUUCGACAGGCUUGGCCGGCAAUUGAUGCAGGGGUUGCGUGGCUCAACAGCUUUUACCCAGGAGAACCAGGACGCUUUGGACUUAAGGAAUGUUUGCGUGUCUUUGAACGCGUUUGCGCAAGCCUCUCUUCGGCAUGAGCCUUUCUUCGUGGCUUGCGAGGAUUACUUGCCAGCAUUGCUCCAUUCACGUGACUGUGAUGUUCGUCAGCUUGCCAUGAUUGCCCAUGCAUACGUUCGAGUUGGUCUUCUGCAAAGCUGCCUAUUGCCGUUGGUUUGGGAGCGUGCGACACGUCUGGCACCAACUUGUGACAUGCAGAGUGUGUCGUUGAUGAUUUUCGCAGUCACGAAGGCAGCUGUCAGUGAUGCCUCAGGUAAGGGUUUGCUUUCCACAUUGACCUCACGUUUGUCGGAACUGCUCCGAGGGCGACAGUCGAGACUUUUGCCAUCACAGACCAUCGUGGUCAGUACGUAUGCUUUAGCAAAGAGCGGGUACAAAGGGCUUGUUGAGAAGGCAGUUUGGAUCGCAUUAGCGCAGCAUGCGCGGCGCAAGCUCUUCGACGUUUCCCUGAGCGAGGCUGCCAAUUUAGCCUCAGCUUUCGCAGAAGUGUUGAAAGACACUCCACAGGACUGCAGUACUUUAAGCGAAGAAAUCAAUUUCUUUUUCGCAGACUUGUUGGAGGUAUUGAAGCACCGUCUGCCGCUCGAAAGUAUUGCCACAAGGCCUUUACCUCAGCAGGCAGCGUCGAAAUUCAUUAUUGCCUUUGGAGAUGCGCAGUGCUACGAAGCUGCUGGCCUGGCGCAAGAGAUUGCAAGGCGAUUCCUUCUGCCCAAGCCACAGCUGCCACUACGACCUAUGAUUCAAGCAAUUUCCAAGCUGCAAGUUCAUGACGAGGACCUAGUGCAGGCUCUGACUAUGGCUCAGAAGGCAAACUUGGUGCAAAGACGACACUGA